ACUUCUUGUUUGGCUCUGGCAGGGAUUAUAUAACAGAGAAUACUGACAGAACAGUAUGAGCUGAGUAAAACAUCACAGUGAAUCAACCCUGGAAAUUCCAAGAAUUUCUUUCGGUUUCAUUAUUACACACUGGGCUAUAUAUGAGCAGGGAAAACUGACUGUCCACACUGAUUGUUCACAGAGCUGAGAGAAGUUGGAACAAUGGACCAGUGGAGUGAUGAAGAAAUCCUUUCUUAUGCUGAAGAGAAGCCAGGGAAAGCUAAAGAAAUGGAGGGAGUCUUUCAUAGCCAUUUGAGUGAGCGGGUUCGACCCUAUCUAGACCUCAUCGACUCACUGCGUCUGAUGGGCAUUGAUGAGGAUCUGGCCCUGCCGGCAAUCGCUGUGAUCGGAGACCAGAGCUCAGGGAAGAGCUCCGUGUUGGAGGCGCUGUCUGGAGUGGGACUGCCCAGAGGCAGCGGCAUUGUGACUCGAUGCCCACUGAUGCUGAAGUUGAGGAAGCUGAAGGGAGGGUUACAGUGGAAGGGCAUUAUCUCCUACAAAGACAAGACUACUGAGUUCACUGACCCCUCUCAGGUUGAGGAAUAUGUCAAUGCUGCCCAGAAUGACUUGGCUGGAGAGGGUGUCAGGAUCUGUGACGAACUGAUCACUCUGGAGAUCAUGUCUCCUGAUGUUUGUGACCUCACUCUGAUUGAUCUGCCCGGCAUUGCCCGUGUCCCUGUUAAAGGGCAACCGGAGGAUAUUGGGGACCAGAUCAAAAGGCUCAUUCUCAGCUAUAUUGAGAAGAGUGAAACGAUCAACUUGGUGGUGGUCCCAUGUAAUGUUGACAUAGCAACAACUGAAGCGCUCAGAAUGGCCCAGGAAGUGGAUCCAGAAGGGAAAAGGACUCUGGCUAUUCUGACUAAGCCAGACCUCGUAGAUCAUGGCACAGAAAAGAACAUUUUGGAGAUUGUUCACAAUGAAGUCAUUCCAUUGAGAAAAGGCUACAUAGUUGUGAAAUGUCGGGGUCAGCAGCAAAUUCAGGAGAGGGUACCUCUAGCUGAGGCCACCAAGAUGGAGAGAGAUUUCUUCAGACAAAACAAGUACUUCAGCUGUCUUCUUAAUGAAGAAAAGGCCACAACCCAAGUCCUUGCCACUAAACUGACCCAGGACCUGGUGGGCCACAUCAAAAACUCUCUGCCAACACUGUCAGAGCAGAUUAAAAAGGAGCUCUGGGAGUCAAGGAAACACUUGAGUGAAUGUGUAGGGGGUCCUCCCAUAGAUCCCCAUAUAAGGAAAACCUUUCUCAUUGAUACCUUAACCCAGUUCAAUGACAAGAUCAACCGAUUGGCAGCUGGUGAAGUUGUCAAUGAUGAAAACCUAUUUGUGCUACUGCGGAUUCAUUUUCAGGAGUGGAAAGAUGAACUUGAGAACAGUCAAAAAACAUACUCUCAAGUGGUACAAGAUGUGGUGAAAGAGUAUGACCAGAAGCACAGAGGAAGAGAGCUCCCUGGUUUCAGCGACUAUAAAGUGUUUGAAAUGGUCGUCCAGAAACUGGUGAUGAUACUAGUGGGCCCUGCGCUAGACACUUUGAAAGUCAUCAGAGAAACAGUUGAGAAGCAGUUCAGUGAUGUCUCAAAAACCAUCUUCUCAAACUAUCCUUUCCUCCAGUGUGUCACAAUGAACAAGAUAGACAAAAUCAUGUCAUAUCCUGUGUCCUCUCAGAACAAGAUAGACAAAAUCCAGUCGAGACAGGAGGCCAAAGUGGAGGAAAGAAUCCGGGAGCAGUUUGAGAUGGAGCAGCUGGUCUUCACCCAGGACAGCAUCUACUUCAAGACCCUGAAGAAGGCCACCGCCCCUGUGGAGGGAGACGCCUCUACUGUGAACUGCGCUGAAUUUGACAGCAGGAGCAAAUACCCUGAGAUGCUUCAGGCCUACUAUGAGAUAGUGAUUCAGCGCCUGGCAGACCAGAUCCCCAUGCUGAUCCAGUUCUUCUUACUGAAGGAGUCAGCGCGGGUGCUGAGCAGUGAGAUGCUGGGCCUCAUGGAAGGGGUGGACGUGGACAAGGCCCUGUGCGAGGGUUCGGACUGCAGCCGCCGCCGCAACGACCUGCAAAGCCGCAUCGAGCGCCUCAGCCUCGCCCAGGAGAAACUCAGCCAUUUCCUCUGAAGAGUCGAGCCAUGGACACGUGACUGUUAUAGUAGUGAUGCAGCUCAUGUUAGCAAAAUGUCUGUGCAAUCAAAUACUUUUGUAAGGUAACAAAAUGUGUUCAUACUUUCUUAUGGCCACGGAUCAUACAUGCCCUUAGCCUACAUGAGUAUUUGCGUUUGGGUCAUUAACUGUGAUGGAACCAAACAUUGCUGUUUUCCUGUUGUCCUGUUCCUGCCCUGCUGUUGCUUUUUUCAUUCAAACUUAAAAUGUUACAGUCAAAUAUAUUCAGUCAGUGCUUCAUUGUAUCAGCUGAGAAAGUUGCAAAAUUCCCUGUCCCUAAAAGACUGUGAGAGGGUGGUCCAUGCUUUCAUAUAAUCCUGACUCAACUGUUUUCAAUGCACUGUACUUGUGAUAAAAACUUUCAGGCAA